CAGAAGGAAAAGUGAAACAUUAUUUGUUGAUAAGCCUCCUCAGUUUCUAGCUGGUGUUCUCUCUAAAGGACAAUGGCUCGAGCCACCAUGGCUAUGUUGCUGGAUGAGUUUAUCUGCUCUGUGUGUCUGGAGACUCUAAAUGAUCCUGUCUCUAUCCCAUGUGGACACAAUUUCUGUAAGAAUUGCAUUAUAGGGUACUGGGAUCAAUCCCAAGAGUGUAGCUGCCCUCAUUGCAGAAAGACCUUCAAUCCAAGACCAGUUCUUUUCAAAAACACUCUCCUGGCUGAAGUCAUUCAGAAAUUAAAGAAGACUGGAACAACUACCAGCUCCUCUCAAAAUUGGGGAAGACCUGAUGAAGUGGAGUGUGAUGCCUGUAGUGGGAAGAGGAUCAGAGCUGUGAAGUCCUGCCUCACUUGCCAGGCCUCCUACUGUGAGAUUCACAUCCAGCCUCACUAUGAAGGAACUGUGUGGAAGGACCACAAGCUGAUUGCUCCAAAUAGAAAUCUACAGGAGGAACUCUGCACAAAGCACCAUACAAAUUUUGAAAUUUACUGCAGAACAGAUCUUACAUGCAUAUGCAAGCUGUGUGUGGGGCUGGAACACAGUGAUCAUGACAUGGUCGAACCUGAGAAAGAAAGAGCUGAAAAACAGAAGCUCCUCCAUUCUACACAGAAAGAAAUCCAGAAGAGACUUCAGCAGAGAUGGAAGAAACUGGAGGAGAUCAGAGAAUCUGUGGACCUGAUUAAGAUAUCUGCCGAUAGAGAGGUGCAGGAAACUGAAAAAAGCUUCACUGAUUUGACCAACUCCAUUGAGAAAACCUACAGGAAAAUUUCAAAUCGGAUUCGAGACCAAGAGAAGAAGGAAUUGAGGAAAGCUGAAAGAGUCAUGGAGCAACUACAGAAUGAGAUUGAAGAGCUAAAAAGAAGAAAUAGUGAGUUGACUGACCUUUUAGGGACAGAUGACCACAUCCAUUUCCUUCAGACUUUCUCAUCUGUUCAAGUUCCACCUGGAGACAGGGACUCCCUCGGCAUUGCUGUUACUACUGGUUUCUCUACUGAAGACUUGAGAAAAGGGCUGUCCCAGCUGAAGGAAUACCUGGAGAAAAUAAGCCAGGAUGACAUUGUGACGUUCCAUCUAGCAGUGGAUGACAUUCCAGCUGGCAUACCAUCAAGUCCAACAUCACCAAGAAGACAGGAGUUUUUACAGUACUCUUGUCAACUCACAUUGGAUUUAAACACAGUGCAGAGAGAGCUCCACCUCUCUGAAAGGAACAGGAAGGUGACAUGUAGGAAAAUGAGGGCUUGGUACCCUGAUCAUGCGGAACGAUUUGACUACUGGUCUCAAGUUCUUUGUAGACAAGCUUUGACUGGGACCUGCUAUUACUGGGAGGUGGAAUGGAGCAAAUGGGUUGUGAUAGGACUCACAUAUAAAGGAAUUGACAGGAAAGGUGCCAGUGCAACAUGUCGUCUUGGAGGCAAUGAGAAGUCCUGGUGUUUGCUCUGCUCUCAUUCUUGCUACUUUGUAUGUCAUAAUAACAAGGAAACUGAGAUAUGUGCUCCCCUGUGCCGCAGAAUAGGUGUGUAUCUAGACUACCCUGCUGGCACUUUGUCAUUUUAUGGAAUCUCAGACACAAUGGUUCUGCUGUACCAGUACAAUGCCUUUUUCACGGAGCAACUUUAUCCUGGCUUUUGGGUUGGUGUUGACUCCACUCUGGUGAUCUGAUAGUUGGAACUUCUAUUGUCAAUGACUGAUAUCCUCUGUAGGUCUCUUCAUAUUCUCUGAAAAAUAGGAUCUCCUGUGAUAGAGUCGCUUGAAGAUCUUGGAGUCAACACAUUACUGAUUUUGACUGGGUGAAUGCGAGACCAGAGUGAUUAUCUGUUUCUGUCAACAUCUUAUUAUUAUACCAGUGCCCUUUAAUGGAGUUGAUGAACACCAUCUCUGUCUGUUAAGGAGAUCAGGAAAAUCAGAUUUCACAUAAGCCGUCACCAAAUGUUGCAUGCAUGAAUGGGACUUAACAUCUUGAUCAUAAGAGUCCUUGACCCUAAUUUAAGGAACAUUUCCAAGUAUGAUUUUGUUAAAUUGUUUAUUUUUCUUUUUAGGAAUAAUGAUUAAUAUUAUGCUAAUGUUGUAUAGUAUCUAUCUAUCUAUCU